AGUACAGAAUAUUAUCUGCGAGUAAACUAAUUAAGGUAAAUAUGGAAAUUCAUACAAUAUAUGCUGCAGAAUAUGAGCUGAAUAAAGCAUAUAAAAAAUGCAGAGAAUUUAAAAAAAAUUGAACCACUGACCAAAUAUGGCACCUACAGUUGAAUUCUAGAACACAAUGUUACCGUGACAACUCUGACGUCAUCAUUCUGAAGGUAUAAAUUCUGCUGUAGGCACCAAUACCACUUCAAAACAAAUCUGAUUUCGAAGAAGAAGCAUCUCAAUAUGAAGUGGAUUUUUCUCAAUUGCUUUAGGCCCCCAGCGGUACCAAAGGACGCUGGAGAAGCUAUAGACGCAAAGGAGGAAAGAAAAAAGGACAAAGAAGGAAAGAAAAAGAAAUCCUGGCUGAAGAAGCUUUUUACAAAAAAAGGGAAAGGAAAAAAGGCAAUGGUGGUGGAGAGCCAGACAGUGGCGAUGGAGGACAGCCAGACAUUGGCGAUAGAGGAGGACAGCCAGACAUUGGCGAUAGAGGAGGACAGCCAGACAUUGGCGAUAGAGGAGGACAGCCAGACAUUGGCGAUAGAGGAGGACAGCCAGACAUUGGCGAUGGAGGACAGCCAGACAUUGGCGAUGGAGGACAGCCAGACAUUGGCGAUGGAGGAUAGCCAGACAUUGGCGAUGGAGGAUAGCCAGACAUUGGCGGUGAAGGAGGAGAGCCAGACAGUGGCGGUGAAGGAGGAGAGCCAGACAGUGGCGGUGAAGGAGGAGAGCCAGACAGUGGCGGUGAAGGAGGAGAGCCAGACAGUGGCGGUGAAGGAGGAGAGCCAGGCAAAGGUGGAGGAGAGCCAGGCAAAGGUGGAGGAGGAGAAGUACAAGGCAAUGGAGGAGGAGGAGAAGUACAAGGCAAUGGAGGAGGAAUACAAGGCAAUGGAGGAGGAGUACAAGGCAAUGGAGGAGAAGUACAGGGCAAUGGAGGAGAAGUGCAAGGCAAUGGAGGAGGAGUACAAGGCAAUGGUGGAGAAAAGCAAGGCAAUGGUGGAGGAGAGCAAGGCAAUGGUGAAGGAGAGCAAGGCAAUGGUGAAGGAGAGCAAGGCAAGGGAGGAGAUGCGACUCAACAUAGAACACUGACUAUCAGUACUACUGAAAUAUGUAAAUACUUGUAAAUAAAUCAUUAAAAAUGAA